AUGCGUUGCGUAGAGUGCCUCCAAGGCCAAUACGAUGGCAACGUCAGCAUGACCUGUGCCGAUGGAACCUAUCUGGCGGACUCCUCCGCCUGUGUUCGCGCCUGCUUGGUCGGGGAGACCGACACGGUGGUGGUCAACGGCAACAGUCAUACUGAUGCGACGGUGACAGCACGCUUGUCCUCCGGAAACACGGAGACAGGGCUUCAGUGUAGCACGCUGGAUGCUGCGUAUAGCGGAACCUAUGACCUCACCUGUACCAACGGCCUGUUGAGCGACUCUCACAGCUGUCAUGAGAUGUGUUUGACCACCGACAGUGUCACUGCGCUGGUGCGUGGAAGCAGCUACAACGUCAUGCCUGUGAGUGACAUCGUGCAUGGUACAACUGGCAAUGUCCCUUGCUCCAGCCAUCUUACAGGCUAUGCUGGUGACAUUGUCUUGACCUGUACAGAGGGCUCCAUGCAGGCAGAUGGAUCCGGAUGUCAGGCUCCUUGCACCUCGGGCAGUUCCCUAUCGGUGACCUUCGGCGGUGCCAGCCAUACCGUGACCCUGACCAGUCAGAUCACCAGCGGCACUACGGGCACCGAGAGUUGCAACUCGGUGGACAAUGGCUUCAAUGGAGACCUGGUGCUCUCCUGUUCUGAUGGCGCUGCAUCUAUGGCUUCCAACACCUGUACUGAGAGACCAUGUGCACAGGACUUGGGCUAUGCGUUGAGCCUGGGCGGUGAGACAGCCACCAACAACCUUGCCUCGCAGGUGACUCACGCGGCAACCGUCACUGUGGGCUGUGGCACCGUGGCGAGCGGUUGGGGCGGUGACAUCACUGUCACCUGCAUCAAGGGAUCUGCGAUCCCUGACUAUUCCGCAUGCCUCUCCCCAUGUGUGCUUGGCACCACCACCUCCCUGGUGUUGGGCGUGGACAGCGAAAGCUUCAGCGUCAGCAGCACGGCGGUGAUCGCUCACGGCGCCACGGGCACUGAAAGUUGCGCCAUCGCUCAUCAGGGCUUCGAAGGUAACAUCGUCUUGUCCUGCGAUGCGGGCACACUUUCCAUGGACUCCAACACAUGUGUUGAAAAGCCAUGCCUUCAGAACCUGUCCUACUCGGUGACCUUGGGACAAUUCAGCAAGACUCUUCAACUGGACUCGCAGUUGUCGCACGGCGGCACGACGGCCAGUACAGCUUGCUCUGUUGUGGAUCCUUCUUACGACCGAGACUUCACCGCAACCUGCAACAAGGCUGACAUGGUGGGAAAUAUGGGCGGCUGCUUGCAAGCCUGCACCACUGAAACUGUGGGUCUUUUCGCACUUGGACCCGAGACCGGCAAGGUCUCCCCAAGUUCCCGCUUGCCGGGUGAUGGAAGCAGCUUCGGGAUGGACUGCAGCGUACGCCGCCGGCCGCCGGCCGUGGCAAUGCCAUUGGGUGUAGAAAACACAACAAGAAACAUGGAGAUGGAACCAACAGAAAAGAAACAGCACAUUGCGGGCGCCCACGAGGAACACUAA